UCUUGGUUCGUAACCGUCACGUACACACACGUACGCGUAUACAGGCGCACAUUGUACUCGACACAGGAUAUUUUUCGUCGGUGAUCAGACGGUUAUUUAUCCGCGACGAGUAAGUUGUCGUCGUUACGGUGAUCUAUCGUGGGAUGACAUUGAUCGCGAGAGCAGCGUUUACGAGCGCGCGAGAAGAAAUCGGCGAAAGAUUAUCGUUCGAUAUAUGAUUCGCGGAUGACAAGGGAUCGCAAGGAUUCGUCCGCGAGUGCGUGUCACGCGUAGUGCAUCGUCGAUCGAUCGAACGGCACCGAUCUCGAGAUCGGUGGUGAACUCGCGUACUACGUGCAAUUCGAGAAACAUUGGAGCGACGCGGAUGUUCGGUUAUCGAAACGACAUUGUUAUCGUAUCUAGGAAGAAAUGAGUGGUUUGUUCGGUGAUUCCUUGGUGAACAGUUGUUGAUAAAUACUGUGGGAGAUAGUGCGCGAGACGGUUCUUGGAAGACAGUUUCCGGAAGCUACGUUCGGACAGGCUUUUUCUCUCUCGAAUGUUUUUGCCCCGUCCACCGCGGUCGGGGGGGCACUGUUGACGGCGCGAUCGAGAAUCGAAAGCGCGUCGCGUACUCGUUUACAACGUAACCGGGAACCGACUCGAUUUUGCUAUGCUCGCGCACGGACGUCGAAUAUGCGAGAUACGCGUGCCGAGUUAAUCGACGCACGUACGCGUAAUCGUCGCGAGUCGCUAUCAAGGGGGUUUCAAUUAAAUCUCCCGCGAGGAAGGUCAAGUGCGCCGUGCGAACGACAUCCAGUUUUCAGUUUUAAUUAAAACACCCCCGAGGACAACCAUUAUUGCGCUUGUGUUUGAAAUUAAUUAGCGACGGCAGAGGCAACGACCGCGACAGGUGAACAACGAAGACCACGAAACGCGGACCGAGGUGGCCAGAAGGUGAAAUCGAAGAAAGAACGUCGUCGAACGUCGACGUGACUGUACGACCGACGGGGGAGUGUUGUUUCGCGUACGAAAAAGUUCGAUAUAUCGAUCGCUGGGAAAUCGUUACGAAAUCAAGAGCAAAGAGAGAAAGAGAUAGAAGAGAGAGAAAGAAAAACAGCAUUGCAAUCGGUAUGCCUCGUGUGAUCGAAUUCGCGUGUGUGGCAAGUUAACGAGAGAGCUCGAUCAGAUUUUCCAUUAAAUGGUCGUUCGCGGGUGACAAAUUGUGUCGUUGCGUGCGGAAGUGGCACGUAAGUCGUAGAAAAGGAUAGGCGAGAGAAAAAGUGGCCAGCUGGAAAAAAAGUUAGCAGCUUUCCAGUCGUCCUAACAUCCACAACCGCCACGUCGGAGUGAUGAAAGCGGCGUAGCAACGGCAAAUAGCUAGACCCAACGUCCGAGGGGCACGUAUUAUGUGAGGUGAAACUUGCAACGAGGGAAACGAAGAUGUCCGCCAUCAGCGUAGCUGCAUGGCUGCUCAGCGCCGUCGCUUUCGCUACGAUUAAUAACGGUGCUCACUGCUACAGCACGUUGCAUGGAAGCAGCGGGAAAAAUGGCAACGCUCAUAAGAAUAGCCUGGACGGAAGCAGUCCACGGACCGGACCGUACUUCGACGUGUCCGCCUCGAAGAACGUGACCGCCCUUCUGGGGAAGACUACGUACUUGAACUGUCGCGUCAAGAACUUGGGGAACAAGACGAUGUCGCUGCAAGUAUCCUGGGUGCGACACAGAGACAUCCACCUGCUCACCCUCGGUAGUUACACCUACACGAACGACCAGCGAUUCAGGGCGAUCCACAUCGCGCAGACGGACGACUGGAUGCUUCAAAUCAGGUAUCCGCAGCUUCGAGACAGCGGAUACUACGAGUGCCAGGUCUCCACGACGCCGCACAUGAGCCACAUCGUGCAUCUGAACGUGAUCGAACCAAAAACCGAAAUUCUGGGUGCGCCAGAUCUGUACAUCAAUCGAGGUAGCACCAUCAACCUCACCUGCGUGGUGUUGGAAAGUCCAGAGCCUCCAGCUUACAUAUUUUGGAAUCAUAACGAUGCCAUAAUCAACUACAACUCCGACAGAGGCGGCGUAUCCGUGGUCACGGAGAAAGGUGACAGCACCACGAGUUUCCUGCUCGUGCAAGAAGCGAAACCAUCCGACUCCGGACGGUACACUUGUAAUCCCAGUAAUGCUCAACCAAAAUCGAUCACCGUGCACGUACUCAAUGGAGAGUAUCCCGCGGCAAUGCAGCACGGUGGCCAAGCUAAGCAACCGAGGCUCUACUCCCUUCUGCUCUGUCUGUGUCUGCUGCUUUACUAACUGUGUCAUCCCCCUCCCCCGACCAUCGGAAGUCCUUCCUACCCUGCAUCGUAUCGACGACAGUGAGCAAGGGUCUUCAACCGUGAUAUCAACCGACCGUGGGGACAAAAAACGCGAACGUCACCGAGUGGUGGUGCAGUGACACCGGUAACAAAAAAAAAAGAUCGAAAAAAUAGAAACCGGCUACGGUGCGCGCCGAGUGAUCGCGCGGACGAAAAAGAGACUCGCGGUACCAUCGUCGGUCGAUGAAACGUUGUUGAACCGAAUCGACGCGAACUUGGGGACCGUGUCGCUGAAACGCGACUGAAUACGGCCCCGGGGGGGGCGUCGGUUAACGCCGAGCGAGACCAAGGAACCAGCCCGUGGCAAACGUCGACGGUAGCGUUCGACGUUGCAACAAAGUGACUGAUCGUGAUCGCGGGGCUCGAACAGACCACGGCGGGGCGAGAGGCAACGUAACGCGGAAAUAAUGCAGCGGCGGUUGGUCGCGAAACGAUUAAACCCGACCCGGUCGCGGGACAAACGGAAAUUGAGAUGGCGAAAGACGGGAGAACGAGCGAGACGAGACGAGCGCCACGAGGGAGCCGGCGAACGGAACAAGCGACCGGGACAAAGGCGUGGAUCAGAGUACAAAGGAUCGCCUUUCCUCCGCAAUUAUUCAGCCACCCCGACACGCGGAAUGUGUACGGAAGAGGUGGGACAGAAAGCGGUUAGAAGCCCGGGAACACCGAUCGACAGCCGGAUCCGUUUUCCAUAGGCGCGUCAUACGUCAUUCGCGUCGAAAAGGGCGAAUCGUUGCCACGCAACCCCCGUAAUUUCGAUCGUAUCGCGUCGAUCCACGCCGGUCAGACGACGGCCGGGCAGUCCCUUUGCCGUUAAAGACCAAUAACCUCCGCCCGCGUACUCGCCUCACUUCCGGAACACUGGUUCUCGUAAUAUUUAUACGAAUGAUUUCGACGGGUCGUACUCUAUCGACGAUCGCCCGCAACAUCGAGCACACGCUCGCGCGGAUCACGAAAAUCUUCGAGGAUGUCGAUUAUCCGUACUAAUCGAGGGACAAAUUCGAACCAGAGAAUCACGAACUGAAACAACUGUAAAUUAAAUAUCUUUCACGUAAUGUAAACACACUACAAGCUCACGUCACGAAAGAAAAUUAAUUUUUUUUUAAUACGACCAAUUUUUAUAUUUUUUUUUAUAUUUACACUUAUAAUUUUGUCGUUCAGUACCACUAUCUUUAGUAGUGUAUUUGAAUAUCUUUACGAUCGUUUCCUCGACGAUUUUCGUUUUCCGCCCAAGUGCAAGCUCGCUUUCGCGGAUAACUUUCGCCUCGCGGAUACAAGUUUUUUAAAAUGUCGACGUCGCGGUGCUCGAGCAUCUUUGCGCGGGCCCUCGUUGCGCGCGGCAUUGCAGCGGUAUACGAUCAAGCGUAACGAAUUUUAACCCGGGCAGGAUGAAACGCGACGGCCAGCGAGCAAUUAAUUCCCCGCUAUCGCGACCCGAUCGUAAUACGUUUAUUUACUACGGCGACCGAUACAUUGCGCGGAUAAAGCUGCGCCGUAUGGCAAAGUGGCGUCUCCUGUAUCGAUUAAUGGCUUCGCCUAACAGACGGUGCACGCGACGGAGCCGAAAGCUCGCGAAAAUCCUCGUCGGAUACAGGGAUCUUUCGAGUGGCACGAUUCCACGUGUAUUCCACGCUGCGCGACGCGUUCUUUGGCUACGAUAAUCGCCCACGCUCCUCGAACUCCAACAAACAACGACGACGAUGCAUUACGAUGACGCUCGUUUCGUAUUUUUUAUGGUUUUUAUAUUUUUGAUAUUUUGAUGAUUCGUUCAGACAAUCUUGCAUACUUGAAGAAUACAGAGAUUCCCAAUAAUUAUGAUACGAUCCAGGAGAUGAUUCUACGCGAAAAACUAGGUCGAAAACGUAGAACAAAGUUUGCUUACACGAGGUUCUGUUCUCGUGAAAAUCGACUCUGAAGAUUCGUGGCUUACGUGUGCAUCAGAGUACAAUUUUCAGAUUAGAACAAGUAGAAGUAGUAAGUAUUGGUCAGACGCGUCGGACAAAUUUUAUUCAAUCGCCAGUGUAACCAACGAAUUUUCAAAUUUAAUUAUCUCGGAAAGGAAGCAUUAUAGAAACAAAUUUUAUUGCUACGUUUUUGACUUAUUGUUUUUACUCGAAAGUUUUGGUACAUGUUUUAAUAACAAGAAAAUUCUUGGCUGUCAAUUUCUCACCAGACGCAACCACUGAGUAAGUAAUGGAUAUUGGACGUUUAAAAGAAGAAUGAAAAUCAGUAUGGAUCGAAUAACUGAAUAUUUAUUCAUAAAAAGUAAAAUAAAUAUCUAGUCAUUUCCUAACCAGCGUCUGUAAAAAGAGUGUGCGCCAGGAUUCGUUUAAUCCAAAAAUUCUGCGACAGUCAACGCAUUAAUAAAUGGAUCCGUGGUUUGCAAUAUAAAUUAUUACUACGUUUGAUCGUGACAGAAAAUUUCUUAUUACAUCGUGCGUCGCAACACCGACCACAAAAUUAUCGAAUUUAACAUUUUUAUACGUGCUAGAGUUAAAUCCAUAAAGUCGACUGCAAAUUGUAAUUUAUACAUUAAUUACUUUGUAAAAAUGAAAUCGCCAGAGGAUAUUUUCUAGUAAAUA